UCGCCAUCGUCAUCCAAGGGGAAACCGGAAACCCCUCCUCGCCUCGCGCCGCCGCCGAACCCUCCUCGCCCCGCCGCCACCUGCCCCCAACACCCGCGCCGCCUCCCACCGGACCACCCACGCCGGCUUGAGCUCGCCCCUAUCCCGUCCCCGCCGCCGUCUUCCUCUUCCUCCUCUCGUCUCCUGUAAUGGCGUCGAGAGGAGGUCACUCCGGGAUUGGUGAUUCUUUUGGCUACGGUACAAAGCGACAUGACAGCAAUAAAGAGAACAAUGCUUUCAGAAUGCAAAAUGAAAGGCAAACCGAAUGGGCAAGACCUGGAAGAGUUUUCAAUAGAAACAUUAACAGAGGAGGCUACUCUCGAAGCCAAUAUGGAUUCACACAGGAAUUUCGUGUUGUUAAAGACAACAGAAGUAAACAGAAAGAGGCUAGUGAGACGAUUCUAGAAGCAUCUCACAACAGGAAUUCUAGCGAUGAUCCAAUUGUUGCAGAUGAAAGCUCAACUGAAAAGGUAGCUGCACAACAUCGUUUGGUUGCUCCCAAUGUUAAUGGACAUGUCUCAGCUCAAGCUGAUAAUGGUAUCAAAAAUGCUGCUCAAUCCCAUGAUAAGGAAGUCAAGCCUUCUAGUGUCCGAAAGUUGGAACAAUCUGAAGGGAUGCAAGCAACACUGGUUGGUUCCAAUGCAGUUUUGGGAAAGGGCAACCAGAACAGAGUGGCAACUGUUUCAAAUAAUUUUGGCGGGGAACUUUGCUGUUCUUCAUCAGAUCCAAUCCAUGUACCUUCUCCUGGUUCCAAAUCUGCUGGAACUUUUGGAGCCAUAAAGCGUGAAGUUGGAGUAGUUGGUGCUAGGCAACGGCCUUCUGAUAGUGCAGCAACAAACACAUCUACUUCUAACAGCUCAGCCAGAGUGACAUCAGCACCGAAAGAUAGCCCUCUGAAUGAACAGCAAUCUGGACUCCCUACUACCCCUUUGAGGAACAGUCGUUCUAAUUUUCCUGUACUGUUGAGCAGUAGGGCAUCCCAUCAUGUUAGUCAUACAAAAGUUAGCCUACAUCUGGAGUGGAAGCCCAAGUCAGUAAGCCCCCACUGUGUCAAUCAUGAAGUUAGUGUUAUGACUCCCGGUGUUGAUGGUAGCCAGGCAGAAGUGGCUGGUUUGUCUAAGAAGCUCUCACAAGCUAAUGUAUCCCAAGAUGAACAUGUUAUCAUACCUGAGCACAUCAGGGUACCAGACUCAGAAAGAACUCAUUUCAUCUUCGGUACUUUUGAAUCUGAAAGUGAUCUGAAGCCUUCAGUAACCGCCUCGCAUACUGUUGUAGCUAAAGAAGACUUAAAUGAUUGUUCUCCUUCAAGCAGUCUGACAGCAUUGAAUUCCAUCAUAUCAACUGAUGUGGCUCAUGAUGACAAGACCGAUUAUGUUGGUUCUUGCAGCUCACUUCCACAGCCAGAGUCUGUUGUUUCAGUUUCUGAGCAUCAGCAGUCAUUGCAUGAGAGUGUGGAGGAUCCUAGUUGUGGGGUUGUUGGUGAGUAUGGGACAAAUGAGAUGAUUUCAAGCAAGGUCAGACAUUCUCAGUCUCAACUCCAACAUCAGGACAAUCCAGCUGUGCAGAACUUUAAGGUGUACGAGCCAGAUUCUAGAUAUGUGAUGCCACUUAUCACAAAAAUUGUUGACGGUGAAACAGCCCAAAGUACACCUUAUCCAUCUGAGGCCAUGGGCUUACAUCCAGCAAAUGCCUAUCAGUUACUCGCAUCUGGUGCAGCUCAACAUCUAGUGCCUCAAAUGUACCCUGAACAGUUUCAAGUACAACAGUAUCCAAACUUCUUGCCAUAUCGCCAUGUUUACUCAGCACAGUAUGGGUCUCCAAUGCCCGUCCCAAACUAUUCAAAUGUUCCUGCAUAUCCUCAGUUGCCACACGCCAAUAGCUAUCUGGUGAUGCCAAAUGGAGCCUCACAACUAGCAGCGAAUGGCAUGAAGUAUGGAUCACCCCAUCAGUAUAAGCAAAUUUUUCAAGGAACCCCUGCUGGAUAUGGUGGCUAUGCAAAUCAUAAUGGUUACCUCGGUGUAAUUGGCAGCACAGGUGCUAUUGAGGAUGCCAAUAUGAAUAAAUAUAAGGACAACAGUAUCUAUGCACCCAAUCCACAGGCUGAAACAGCAGAUCUAUGGGUUCAGGGUCAGAGAGAGAUUCCCAAUAUGCCAUCUGCACCGUUCUAUAAUAUGGUAGGACAACCAGUGUCCCCCCAUUCAGCAUGCUUGCCACCACACAAUGGUCACCCUUCUUUCAGUCCAGCUACUCCCCAUCCUGCUCACAUGCAGUACCCGGGCUUUCCUCACGCACUGCACCCAACAUCGAUGACCCUGGUGCAGAACCCACAGGCCAUGGUACAUCAGCCUGGAGCGCCGCCAUUGGCAGGAAAUCUGAGCCUUGAUAUUGCAGCCAUGGUGCCUGGUAGUCAAGUUGGAGCGUUUCAGCAGAACCAGCUUGGCCAUCUCGGGUGGGCGCCGCAAUCCUUUUGAAGAUUUUUACAUCUUCCCUGGUGCGACUAUUGAAAAAAAUUCAGUUCCAUAUCCAGAGAAACCUGCAUUGAAUGCUGUAAUAUGCUGGAUAACCUGAUGAAUGCCAGGUUUUUUGGUUUAAUUAUAAAUGGGGAAACCACCUUUUGGAGUGCCUUGUUGAUUCAAAAAAUGUCUCUAGCUUCUUCCGGAAUA